CCACCAAAAAAACGUUGUUACCUUCUUCUCGUACUCUGAAAAUUUCCAUUAUUAUAUAAGAAGCACUAACACUCCAAUAUCUCCUCACACACCAUCAUCAAUGGCUUCUCUUCCACUCACUUCUCCAUUCUCUCUUCUCACCCCCACUAAACACCACUACACACCAAAAAACACCAAACCCUACUUCUCAUGUAAAGCCACUAAUAAUAAUUCUUCCCAAGAAAAUACUUCCUCCUCUUCCUCUUCCUCUUCCUCCUCCAACAACAAGUUAGACCGUCGAAAUGUCCUUCUGGGACUCGGCGGUCUGUAUGGGGCGGCAGGCUUAGCAGUCUCUGAUCCAUUUGCUUUUGCCGCCCCAGUACAGGCACCAGACCUGUCUAAAUGUGGGGAAGCAGAUUUGCCAGAAGGUUCUCUUCCGGCAAACUGUUGUCCCCCAAACUCAUCACAAAUCAUAAAUUUUAAGCCGCCGGUUGUGAACCGUUUAAGGGUUCGCCCGGCGGCUCACAAAGCUGAUAAGGAGUUUGUAGCUAAGUACAACAAAGCUUUAGAGCUUAUGAAAGCUUUACCGGAUACAGAUCCGCGAAGCUUCUCGCAACAAGCUGAUAUUCAUUGUGCUUAUUGUAAUGGAGCUUAUGAUCAAAAUGGUUUCCCAGGUGUUGAGCUUCAAAUCCACAAUUCAUGGCUUUUCUUCCCCUUUCAUCGUUGGUACUUAUAUUUUUAUGAAAAGAUUCUUGGGAAGCUUAUAAAUGAUCCCACUUUCGCAAUUCCUUAUUGGAAUUGGGAUAAUCCACCGGGGAUGCAAAUGCCGGCCAUGUUCACAAACCCGAACACUGCUCUUUUCGACAAGUUAAGAAGCUCGAAAAAUCAACCGCCUAAGCUCAUUGAUCUCGAUUAUAACAUCGACGACAUUUUGACACCGACGUCAGUACCUAACGACCAACAAAUUAGUACUAAUUUGAAUGUCAUGUAUAGGUCGAUGGUGAGCAAUGCAACCAACACUGAGCUCUUUUUUGGUGGAGAUUUUCGAGCAGGAGAACUGCCCGAAAACUCACCCGGUUCCAUUGAGAAUAUUCCUCAUGGACCGGUGCAUCUUUGGAGUGGGGACGAGACCCAAACAAAUUUCGAAAAUAUGGGAAAUUUUUACUCUGCUGGUCGAGACCCUUUGUUUUACUGUCACCAUGCUAAUGUUGAUCGAAUGUGGAGUAUUUGGAAGACUUUGUCUGGGAAGAGGAGGAAAGAUAUUAGCGAUCCAGACUGGUUGAACACUACUUUCUUGUUUUAUGACGAGAAUGCCCAACUUGUCCGAGUCAGUGUCAAGGACUCACUUGAUACUAAAAAGUUGGGGUAUGUUUACCAAGAUGUUGAGCUUCCUUGGUUGAAGACUAAGCCUAAGCCACGUGGCAAGAAAAUAAGUGACAAGAUAAAGUCAAAGUUGAAGUCAAAGUUAAAGUCAAAAAAAGUAGCCUCCACCACCCCGUUAUUUGGUGGUGGAAUUGGGACAGCAUUGGCUGCUGAUGAUGAGGUGUCAGCAGGUCUGACACCUCUGAGUUCUUUUCCUGUAAAGUUGAAUAAUUCGGUAAGAGUUUUGGUAGCCAGGCCAAAGACUGGGAGGAGUAAGAAAGAGAAGGAGGAUGAGGACGAGGUUUUAGUUAUUUCGGGGAUAAAUUAUAAUAGGAAUCAACCAGUGAAAUUCGAUGUUUAUGUGAACGACGAGGAUCAGGACUCAACGAGCGGUCCUGACAAAUCAGAGUUCGCAGGAAGCUUUGUCAGUGUACCGCACAAUACUAAGAACACCGAAAAGACCAACACUAGUUUGAAACUCGGGAUAACUGAGUUGUUGGAUGAUAUUGGAGUUGAAGAUGAUGAGAAUGUUUUGGUUACUUUGGUCCCAAAAAGUAACGAAAUUGUCACAAUUGGUGGGAUUAGGAUUGAUCUUGUUACUUAAUUAAAAAAGAAAAACAUAUCAACAUAAUGUGACCAGUAUCAUUAUAUAUAUAGUAUCGUACUAUGAAUAAUGAGUGUAUGUGUGUCUUGUUAUUAUCAUGUGUUUUGGGAUUGGAUAUUAUAUUCCAAUUAGUGAUGAUAAUGAUGAGUAGUAGUGAUGGAGAAUGGUGAUGUUUUUUGUUUUUUUAGUGGGUUUUAAUCUGUAAAACAAAUAAGCUUUUGGGCAAGAUUUGUGUUUCUUUUUCUUUAGUGGGGUUUGAGCACUUUUUAGGGUUUUAUUGGUCUCAUCUUAUGAUAUGUACCCAUUUGCCAACGUGAUUAUAAUUUAUAUUAUUAUGUA